AAUCGCUUGUUUCUUUCUUGUUAUAGAUAGUUUGAAGCACGUGGAGCAAGAAAGAGGAAGAUUUGCAAGAAUCCCACAUCGCUUGGGGUCUUGUUGAUUCCGAGGGCGAUGGCCAACACCGUCACGGUGUUCACGCUCUCGGGCCUGUUCUGGAUUGGAUCAGCAUUGGAACCUGUGGCGUAUUGGGAGUUACACCCUGGAGAACGUUACGGACUCGUAUCAAAGGAGGUCUCCGCUGAUUUUAAGGAAUGUGAGAACAUAUGCGCCAAGGACGAUCCAUCUCUGCCCUGCAAAGCCUUCAACUACAGGGAGUCGGAUGGCAACUGUCAGCUGGUGUACAAGGACGGGGUCCGGCUCCUGCCAGCCGACGACUUCCAGGCGUUUGUCAAAUUUUCCUGCCUUGAGGACGACUCGAGAAUGAGAAGCAGACUCUUUCAGGAACGUCGUCGUGAGAAAUCAAGGCUCGGAGUAAAGGAUGGGAAACUUGAAUCGCUGAAGAGGUUCCACGGACUGAUGCGCAAUGCACAGGGCACCAUGUUCAUGAGGUGCACUGAAUGUCAGGUUCACCACGUUCUCGAAGGAGAAAGAACCUGUCCUUUGCCCAGCAAGAGGUGA